AUGGCCAAGCAACCUUACGGAGCUCCACAGAGCCGAGGCUUCAAGAUAUGGGAAGACCUGGUGCAGUAUCAUACUGCGAAGGGAACCCUACGCACUGUCUGGAAAGAUGGCGAAUGGGAUGAUCUUCUCAGGAAGAAAUUGAAUAUCUCCGUGACCAAUCCUGACUACGUGAGAUUUUCCCGAUAG